GAGUCGACUUUUUUUCUUAAUAAAACAAGAGAGAUAAGGUCCCAUUUUUGCCUCUUACGUGGUGAUAAGGCCGGUAGAGGUGAAAAACGCAGUGACCCCCAAACUAUAAAUAUACCAAACAGUCCACUGUACUCGAAAGUGAUUUUUCACAGUCAGUUUUGCUCGUCUGUUUCGUUAUAUAAACGUGGGAAAACGUGGACCGCGCGAGGAAACCUUCCAUCCAUCACUAGGGAGGAAAAACCACAUUUGGAAAAUUCCCUUCUUGUGCCAAGAAGGGAUUUUCACUCGAUUUAAAUUAGACGUUGUCGUUUUGGAAAUGGCCAGCGAAAAUGGUGAACAGCUUCAACCGAACAUCAGAGAAAAAUGCCGAGACUUAAUCUACGACAACGAAACCCUAAAAAAAAUCAUGAACAUCUUCUUGGACAAUAUCAAAAGGGGCCUCGCCAAAGCCACACAUCCUGAUGCCACUGUGAAAUGUUUCCCCACCUAUGUCCAGGAUUUGCCUGACGGUACUGAAACCGGCAAAUUCCUGGCUCUGGACCUGGGCGGUACCAAUUUCCGCGUUCUACUCAUCGAACUGAGCGGGGAACAUUUCGAAAUGAAAUCGAAAAUCUUCGCCAUACCUCAGCACAUCAUGUUGGGCUCCGGGGAGCAAUUGUUCGACCAUAUCGCCGAAUGUUUGGCGAUAUUCGUCAAAGAGGAACAGGUGCAACAUGAAACCCUCCCCUUGGGUUUUACUUUCAGUUUCCCGCUGGCCCAAAAGGGGUUAACGGUUGGCAUUUUGGAGCGUUGGACCAAAGGGUUUAAUUGCUCCAAUGUGGUCGGUAACGAUGUGGUGCAAAUGCUUAAUGAAGCCAUCGAAAGACGAGGGGACGUAAGUAUCGAGGUGUGUGCCAUUUUGAAUGACACCACCGGCACCCUGAUGUCUUGCGCAUGGAAAAACCACGACUGUAGGAUCGGCCUUAUUGUCGGUACCGGCAACAACGGUUGCUACGUGGAAAAACAAGAAAACGCCGAAUUGUUCGACGAUAACGACAUGGGUUCCGGUAAAGUGAUCAUCAAUUUGGAAAUGGGCGCGUUCGGGGACGACGGGUGUCUCGAUUUCGCGCGCACCGAGUACGAUAAGGAGGUGGACAAACAUUCCAUCAAUCCCGGCAAGCAAAUACAAGAAAAAAUGAUCUCGGGAAUGUACAUGGGCGAGCUGGUCCGUUUGGCCUUAGAGAAGUUCACCAAAGAGGGUCUCCUGUUCGGGGGCAAAGGCUCCGAUCUACUUUACGAAAGGGGCCGGUUUUACACCAAGUACGUGUCGGAAAUCGAGAGUGACGAGCCGGGAUUGUUCACCAAUCAAAAAGAGAUUUUAGAGGAGCUCGGUCUAAAACACGCAUCCGAGCAGGAUUACGUGAACGUGCGAUUUAUAUGCGAGUGCGUGAGUAGACGAGCCGCGCAUCUCGCCUCCGCGGCCAUAACCACACUUUUGCACAAAAUGGACGAGAAAAAAGUGACGGUCGGCAUCGACGGGUCCGUUUACCGUUACCAUCCUCAUUUUAAGAACCUGAUGAUGGAGAAGAUUCGGGAGUUGUGCGACCCCAGUAUCGAGUUUGACUUGAUGUUGUCCGAAGAUGGUUCCGGUAGAGGCGCGGCCUUAGUAGCAGCAGUAGCGGCACGUCAAAAGAAAAAGGCGCAACAAGCCACAUGAAUGUCCAUAGUCGUAGCCAGAAAUUCUUGUAAAUACACCACUAUUAAUAAAUACAAGGAGGAGGAGGAGGAGGUAGAAGAAGAAUUACUAAGCCUGAGGUAGCCCGUUGCUAUAUUUAUUUGUUUUUUUUUUUUUAAAUCCUAACCUCCUUACGUUGUCCCCCUGUUGUUUGUUCCUAGAGUGAUUUUUAUAGUACCGUGAGAUCUGACUUACUACUUACUUACUUUGGGCACCGCUGGUAUGAAUUUCCAAAAGUGAUAUGUGUAUUUCUUUUUUUUGGAGCAUUUUUGGAAUUUUUUGCUAUUUAUGGAAAGUUCCAAAGGUGUUGUGAAAGUCUAUUAUUUCCUUAGGUUGUUGUUAAAAAAAAUGUACUAUAAAUUUAAAAAAAAAUAUGAUGAUAUACUUAAUUUUUGCUACAUAGUUUAAGUAGUAAAAUUGGAAAUAUUUUAUUUUAUAAUGAUUGUUACUUAGUGGCAUUGCCUUCCGGUUUUUUUUUAUAUAUAUACAUAUAUUUUAAAUACUCCCUCACACUUUAUUUGGACAAUAUAUAUAUAUAUUUUAUUAUUUAUUUUUUAUUUAUGUAGACGAAAUAAACAAUCGCGCGACUGCCUGUACAGCUAAAGGUGUUUUUUUUUUGUAUGUAGUUUUAUUUUUAAAUAUACGCAAAAAUGUGAAAUAGUUACUUAAUAUUACAUUAUACAGCUCUUAUAAAUUAGAAGAGGCAAUGGUUUUUUAUAUAUAUUAAAAAAAAAGUAAAUAUUGAAUAAAAAUGUUUAUUAUUAAA